AUGUGUGACUACGAACAAUUCCUCUUCACCUGCGGCCACAGUCCCAUCCGCCGUUCAUCAUACUGCCACACAGCCCGCGUGGACGAUCUGCAUCAGUGCUUCAGCGUCAAGGUCCUCAAGCGCGUCUGGCAGCAAGCCGGGAUCUGCCCAGACUGCCGGACCCAAGCACAGCACUGA